AGGGCAACCAGAGGACUUCCUGCACACCAGGAACACAUUGAAGGAUCUGAUGAUACAUUUCUACAGAGGCUGAUUCUACGUCCAUUCACAAUGCCUGUUACAGACCAAGCCUUUGUCACCCUCGGCACCAACGACCUCUAUUGUCAGGGAGCGUUGGUCCUCGGGAAAUCAUUAAGAAAUCACAAAACAUCCCAUCAGCUGGUGGUCAUGAUCACGUCAGAGGUCACGGGUCGGAUGAGGGGAAUCCUCAGUGACGUCUUUGACAAAGUAGUUGAAGUGGACAUCUUGGACAGCGCAGACACGGUACGCUUGUCCUUGCUGAAGCGACCAGAACUUGGGGUAACCUUCACCAAGAUCCAGUGCUGGACCCUCACACAGUACACAAAGUGCGUGUACAUGGAUGCUGACACCAUCGCUCUUUGUAACAUAGACGAGCUGUUUGAACGGGAGGAGUUCUCAGCUGCCCCUGACUCGGGUUGGCCGGAUUGCUUUAACAGCGGAGUGUUUGUGUUCAGACCGUCCCUGGAGACCUUCGUCCGCCUUCUCAAGUAUGCAGAAGAUCACGGCAGCUUUGAUGGAGGAGACCAAGGACUACUAAACAGUUUCUUUAGUAACUGGGCAACGGCAGACAUCAGCAAACAUCUCCCCUUCAUCUACAACUUGAGCAUUAGUUCUAUUUACACGUACUCACCCGCCUUUAAACAAUUUGGCUCCGAGGGGAAGGUUGUUCAUUUCAUCGGCACCCCUAAGCCCUGGAACUGUAAUUAUAACCCACAAACCAAAUGGAUUGUAGAAGAGGAAUCUCUGAGCGGCAAUCAGCAUCUGUCAUUCCUGGUGCUGUGGUGGCAGACUUACAUAUCGGAUAUUCUACCACUAUUAAUGGAACAGCAGGAACCAGACAGCACUGAAAAUAAGUUUGGGAGGAUAGAACUUCAGAUGAAGAAUGAUACGUCCUUGGACUCCAUCGAAGAAGCUCCAGCAGGCAGUCCUGAUAGCACACUGCCUGAUACUAGCUCUGUGCAGCCUCCAGCAGAUGGCAGUGUACAAGCUCAAGACCUCCUACUCCCAUCUCAGCUCAACCAGCAGCCUGUAAACCAAGACAGCAUCCACAUGGCUCAUCUCGUGCAGUCUGCGUCGGAGUUGUCCCUCCGUGAGGCGGAAGAGAAAUUGCAGGGGGAGGAGGAGCGCAAAAAGUGGGAGCAAGGUCACAUCGAUUACAUGGGAAGACAUUCUUUCGAGAACAUCCAGAAAAAGCUGAACCAGUUUUUACAGUGAAGAGAUGGUCGCCAUUUUUACCGCGGUGCUGUGAAACUUACGUUUUUCAUUUAUUUAUUGUGCAGUGACGGCGUUUCAUUUUGAUCUUUUAUUC